AUGAAACCAGCUAAAUUAAAAAGGCACCUGGAAACUAAACAUAAAGAAUUUCAAAAUAAACAUGCCGAUUUUUUACAAAGACGAGCUGAAAAUCUGAAAAUUCAAAAUGCGCAUUUAAAGAAAUUUACAACAAUACCCCAGAAAGCAUUACGAGCUUCUUUAAAAGUUUCUUAUCUAAUGGGAAAAACAAUGAAACCCCAUACAAUUGGAGAAUCCCUUAUCCUUCCUGCAGCAACUAAGAUGACAUCAAUUAUGCAUGGUGAUAAAUAUGGAAAUGAACUAAAAACAGUACCAUUACCAAGAGAUACCGUGUCUCAGCGGAUUUCCGAAAUGUCACGAAAUAUCGAGUUUAUUUUUAAUGAAGAUAUAACAGAAACGUUUUUAUGUUGCAAAAGUUUGGAAGGAAAAACAACUGGAGAAAAAAUAUUCGAAGUAAUAAAUGAAUAUUUCGAAACAAAGUCCCUUACCUGGGCAAACUGUGUUGCUGUUUGCACUGAUGGUGCUGCAGCAUUAACAGGUUCGAAUAAAGGGCUCAGAGGCUUAAUUCAGAAGGUGGAGCCUCAUAUGGUAUUUAAUCGCUGUAUGAUUCAUCGGCAAGCUCUUGUUGCAAAAGAUAUGGAUGAAGAGUUGCACAACGUAUUACAAGACGCUGUUAGUUCAAUUAACUACAUUAAAUGCAACAGCCACAACAGUCGUCUCUUUUCAAUACUUUGCAAUGAGAUGGGCUCAACGUAUGAGAGAUUACUGUUGCACACCGAAGUCAGAUGGCUUUCACGUGGAAAAAUACUACGACGGAUAUUUGAUUUGAGAAAUUAA